GGUAGCUAAUAAUCUGACUGUUAACUGAAGUGGCGUUCCUUUGAGUUCUUCUAUCGGACCUUUUCUGUUACGGAAGACAGCUCCCACCCAGUUCAGUUUGUGUUGUUUGACGGCGGUUCUCGUGGCAUGACGACCACUAACAAGGGAAACAAGGCCUUGAAGGUGAAGAGGGAGCCAGGGGAGAAUGGAACAAGCUUGACAGAUGACGAGCUGGUGUCCAUGUCAGUGCGGGAGCUGAACCAGCACCUGCGGGGGCUCUCCAAGGAAGAGAUUCUGCAGUUGAAACAGCGGCGACGCACGCUCAAAAACCGCGGUUACGCCGCCAGCUGCCGCGUCAAGCGCGUCACCCAGAAGGAGGAGCUAGAACGGCAGAAGGCGGAACUCCAGCAGGAAGUGGAGAAACUCGCCUCUGAAAACGCCAGCAUGAAGGUGGAGUUGGACGCCCUUCGCUCCAAGUACGAGGCCCUCCAGAGCUUUGCCAGAACUGUGGCCCGUGGGCCCGUGGCCCCCGUCACCAACGCGGCAGUCCCGGUUUCCGGUAGGGGCCCUCUGUCCUCCGUCAUCGGCCCCCUCGUGCCUGGCAAGGUGGGGGCCACCAGCGUCAUAACAAUAGUCAAAUCAAAAACGGAUGCCAGGUCUUAG